GAUUUGUCCUGCCAGUGCAUAUCGGUUAGUGUUCUGAUUUCACUGGCAUUGGUUUCAGAUUAGCAAACUGCUUUGUUAUUGCUGUCUGUGGCGUCGUAUCUCGGGUUGUUAGCUAAUAUUAACGAAUGGAGCUAAUGUGUCUUGAAGAUGGUAGGUUCAAAUCAACUCCGAUAAACUGCCCAGCUCCUCGUUUAUCCGCGGUAAUUCGGGCCUGCUGUGACCCCAGUCUCAUCGAGGACAGCCGGACUCUGCAGAACCUUUUAGCUCUAGAGAAGAGACACUGGGCCCCGCAGCCUUACUUUGGCAGAAUUCAAACUGACAUUCAGCCUUACAUGAGGAGGAUAUUAGCGGUGUGGAUGUUGCAGGUUUGUGAGGAGCAGAAAUGUGAAGAGGAGGUUUUUCCAUUGGCUAUUCACUAUCUGGAUCGUUACUUGGGCCAUUUCCCUGUGCCCAGGACACAUUUGCAGCUCCUAGGCACCGUCUGCAUGUUCCUGGCCUCCAAACUACGCGAGACUGUUCAUCUGGGUGCCAGUAAACUCUGCAUCUACACUGACAAUGCCAUCACAGUCUCCGACCUUCUGCAGUGGGAGCUGGUGGUGGUAUCCCGGCUGGGCUGGGAUCUGGCAUCAGUGCUGCCCUCUGACUUCCUGGAGCCUAUUGUGAAAAGCCUACCCAUCAUGCCUUUCAGCCUCCACAUGUUGCGCAAACAUACCCACUCUUAUGUUGCUCUGGCAGCCACAGAGUCUAAGUUUUCAGUAUUCCUGCCUUCUACACUCGCCAGUGCCUGUGUGCUGGCUGCUGUUCGCCGUCUCAAGAUCCUGGACGCCCCACUCUCCUGCACUUCACUAAUGGAGCUGCUUGCCGACUUCUUGGAUUCUGACGUGGGCCUCCUCCGCUCCUGUUUAGAGCAGCUGGAGGUGAUGCUGGAGCACAGCCUCCCUCCCUGCUCCACAGCUGGGGGGGCCAGCUCUCCAGAGACCCCAGUGUCCGGGAUCCAGGGCGUGCCCCAGUGGGCCUGCACCCCCACCGACAUCCAGGACGUCCAGUUCUCCCCACAGGGAAGAUCGCCCUCUAGAUCAGGGUCAUCUGAUCGGUCGCCAUCUAAAUGAGAGGCUGGUAAGAAGUGAAGGGGACUUCACAGGCCAGGAAGAGAAAUACAUGGCAAAUACAUGGCCCUUUUUAGUUUCAUUGUGUAGACCAAGUAAAGUAUUUGAUCAAAUUUGUGAAAAGAUGCUCAGUUUUUGUUCUGUUAUAUUGUCAAGUUCUUAGCAACAGUAGUGUUAAAGAAUUCUUGGUGGGGUUUUAUUUAACAUUGUCCGUGCCAAAGAAUGCAGUUUCAUGUUUUAUGGGUGCAAUAGACUGUGGCUUUGAAUGAUAACUAACUUGGUAUUAACUUGAAUGUAAUUACUAUGCUUGAUAUGGUUUAUGAUCUUUUGCACAGGUGCAAAUAUUUACA